CACUCUUCCGCCACCCCGCUCGCGCUCUCUCUCUCUCUCUCCUUCGUUGUCUCGUCCCCGACGAGGGCCGUCCUUCUCCGUCUUCCCAUUACGUUCUUCGAGCUUGAUUUUGGUUCAGGAUUGCCGACAAGAUUUGAUUUUACCCCCAGCGAUGGCAGUGGCCACACAGUUUGGUGGUCGAUCCUGUUGUGUUGUGGUUAAGAGGGAUUUGUCGACUUCUCUUUCUUUCUCUUCGAGCUUCCAGAGUAAGCUCGGAUUUGAGUCGUCUUCGAGGUCACUCUGUCGGCAGAGGGAGGGGAUAUGCGGAAAGAGGAGAGUUUUGAAGGUGCGUUGCGAGAGAAGGGUGUCUGCCGUUGUGGACGUUGUGGAGAAGGAUGUGGCCUUGAGGCAAGGUAGUGGUGGGAAUCCUGCCCAGCUCAGCAUCGUGAUGAAGUUUGGCGGGUCGUCAGUAGCUUCAGCUGAGAGGAUGAAAGAGGUUGCUGGCCUCAUUCUUAGCUUUCCCGAAGAACGACCAGUGAUCGUGCUCUCUGCCAUGGGCAAGACGACAAACAAUCUUUUGCUGGCUGGAGAAAAGGCGGUUUGCUGUGGUGUUUCUAAUGUAUCUGAAUUGCAUGAGUUAAGCUUUGUGAAAGAGUUGCAUCUCAAGACAGUUGAUGAGCUUGGGCUUUAUAGGACAAUUAUUUCUGGUUUUCUGGUUGAACUAGAGCAACUUCUGAAAGGCAUUGCCAUGAUGAAAGAACUAACACCUCGCACAAGUGACUAUCUCGUUUCCUUUGGUGAAUGCAUGUCUACGAGAAUUUUUGCAGCAUAUUUAAACAAGAUUGGCACUAAAGCACGACAGUAUGAUGCAUUCGACAUUGGUAUUAUUACCACAGAUGACUUUACAAAUGCUGAUAUCUUGGAAGCAACUUAUCCUGCUGUUGCAAAGAGGUUGCAUGGUGAUUGGACUAAUGAUCCAGCAAUUCCAAUCGUUACUGGUUUUCUUGGAAAGGGUUGGAAAUCUGGUGCAGUAACUACCUUAGGCAGGGGUGGAAGUGACUUGACUGCCACAACUAUAGGUAAAGCUUUGGGUUUACGUGAAAUUCAGGUUUGGAAGGACAUUGAUGGUGUUUUAACAUGUGAUCCUAAUAUAUAUCCAAAUGCAAAGCCUGUGCCUCAUUUGACAUUUGAAGAGGCAGCUGAACUUGCCUAUUUUGGAUCACAGGUGUUGCAUCCCCAAUCAAUGUGGCCUGCCAGAGAAGGCGAUAUACCUGUUAGGGUCAAGAAUUCAUACAACCCUCAAGCUCCUGGAACUGUCAUCGAUAAAGUGAGAGAUAUGAGUAAGGCUGUACUAACCAGCAUUGUGUUGAAGUCAAAUAUUACAAUGUUGGACAUUGUGAGCACUCGAAUGCUUGGACAAUAUGGUUUUCUAGCAAAGGUUUUCUCUAUUUUUGAAGACUUAGGAAUUUCUGUCGACAGUGUGGCCACAAGCGAAGUCAGUGUAUCUUUGACAUUGGAUCCAUCUAAACUCUGGAGUAGAGAAUUAAUUCAGCAGGAGCUUGAUCACGUAGUCGAGGAGCUCAAGAAGAUUGCUGUUGUCAAUCUCCUUCAGCACAGAUCAAUAAUCUCCCUUGUCGGAAAUGUUCAGAGGUCUUCUUUGAUACUAGAGAAGGCAUUCAAUGUUCUUCGCAAGAGUGGUGUGAAUGUCCAAAUGAUCUCUCAGGGAGCAUCAAAGGUCAACAUUUCCUUGGUGGUUCAUGAUAGCGAAGCAAAGCAGUGCAUCAGAGCUCUGCAUUCAGCCUUCUUCGAGAAUAGCUCUCUGCCAGAAGUAGAGGAAGCUGACUUUUACCAAAAUGGCUCCUGGAAACCUCCUGUGCCAUCACAAACUGAAUUGCUGUCUGCAGAAGCAUAGUGUAACUUUUCCUUGGCCGAUUACUACUAUUACUACUACAC